AUGAGUGAUGAACCUAGCGAACCAAUCGCAUCUCUAAAAAAGGUGAAGCAUAUUAUAUUGAUUUUAUCAGGUAAAGGUGGUGUAGGUAAAAGUUCAGUAACCACACAAACAGCAUUAACUUUAUGUAAUGUUGGUUACAGAGUUGGUGUUUUAGAUAUCGAUUUAACUGGCCCUUCAUUACCAAGAAUGUUUGGAUUAGAAGAACAAUCUAUAUUUCAAUCAACUGAAGGAUGGAUACCAGUUCCUGUUGAAACUAAUGGAGCAGGCUCAUUAUCUGUUAUAUCUCUUGGGUUCCUGUUGAAUGACAGAAGCAAUAGUGUUGUUUGGAGAGGUCCUAAAAAAACUGCUAUGAUCAAACAAUUUAUGGUAGAUGUUCAAUGGGGUGAAUUAGACUAUCUUUUAAUCGACACGCCGCCUGGUACAUCCGAUGAGCAUAUUUCUAUAGCAGAACAAUUGAGAUGGUCAAAUCCAGAUGGUGCAAUUAUUGUAACGACUCCUCAAAAUGUUGCUGUAGCUGAUGUAAAGAAGGAAAUAAAUUUUUGUAGAAAAGUGAAUUUUAAUAUAAUUGGUGUUGUCGAAAAUAUGUCUGGUUUUAUAUGCCCUCAUUGCUCCGACUGUACUAAUAUAUUCUCAUCUGGAGGUGGUAAAGAAUUAGCAAAGGCAUAUGAAAUUCCUUACCUUGGGAAUAUUCCUAUUGACCCAAUGUUCGUGGAAAUGAUCGAGAAUCAAUCAUCAAACCAGAUAACUUUGGUUGAAGCAUAUAAAAAACUCUCUAUAUCUUCUAAUUUUCAACAAAUCAUCCAAAAGGUAUUAGAUAAAAAACUAGAGCCACGCUGUUGA